AUGAAGAGGUUCGCGUGUUUAAUAGUGCUCAGUGCACUCUUCUCAGCUGGAUACAGUCAAGAAAAUUUCAAAUGCCCAGACGAUUUUGGAUUUUACCCACAUCACAUAUCCUGCGAUAAAUAUUGGAAGUGUGACAACAAUGUAGCAGAAUUAAAGACUUGUGGAAACGGUUUAGCGUUCGAUGCUAGUGAUUCCAAAUUUCUGACUGAAAACUGUGAUUAUAUCCACAAUGUAGAUUGUGGAGACAGGGCGCAAUUGGAACCUCCAAUAAGUUCUCCCCAUUGUGAAAGGCUUUACGGUAUCUUCUCAGAUGAAGCCAAAUGUGACGUGUUCUGGAAUUGCUGGAACGGAGAAGCUUCUAGGUACCAAUGCUCACCCGGUCUUGCCUAUGAUAGAGAAUCCCGAGUAUGUAUGUGGGCCGAUCAAGUGCCAGAAUGUAAAAACGAAGAAGUUGCAGGUGGUUUCACAUGUCCCGCUGCCGGAGAAAUAACCAAUGCCGGUUCUUUCUCAAGGCACGCUCAUCCCGAUGACUGCAGAAAAUAUUAUAUUUGUCUUGAAGGACAAGCCAGAGAAUACGGUUGUCCUAUUGGUACAGUAUUUAAAAUUGGAGAUGCUGAUGGUACUGGUAACUGCGAAGAUCCAGAAGACGUACCUGGAUGCGAGGAUUACUACAAAGACGUGGACCUGAAAGCUUUGAAGAAAUUAGGAUACUAAGUACUGACUGAACGUUUUUAUUAUAAGAGGUUUUAAAGGUAUAAAAGUCUGAUUAGAAGAAUCAGAUUUAUGACUAGUCGAGUAAUUAAAAACAAGUUAAGUUUAUUUUCUUAAUAUCAUUGAAUAUAUUUACUUCUGUAAAUAUUUUCAAACCAAAUACUUUAAAUGUUGACUAAAAUACUCAACUAAAUAUAAAAAAAAACAUUCAAAUAUUUUUUUAAAGAUAGUAAAAUAUAUUUUUUAAAUGUAAAUAUUUUUGUUAUAUUGCUAAGUUCUUAUUUGAUUUGUUUUCUGUGCGCUAUUCUAGCUCUAUUCUUAAUUUAAUCUCUUAAUGAUUUAACUUUUCCUUUCGUAAAUAAUAUAUUGACAGUACUAGGAGGAAGACCUUUUGUACAGUGGACCUAUAUACAUGUAGGUAGUCCGAUAAGUAACCUUUGUUGAAAUAAAAAACAUGUUUUUCUAGACAAUUCUUUUAUUUUAUUGGAUAUAGUCUCCUUUUAGCUCAAUUCAACGAUUCCAGCGAUAUUUCAACUUCUUUAAGCCGUCUGAAUAAUACGAUUCUAGAAGUCUACAAAAUAAACGUUUAUUUCGUCAAUUAUCUAUUUGUUUAAGCUAAGUUUUUAUUUACGAACUAUCUCUUUAGAUUUGGGUAUAGAAUAAACAGAGGAAGCUAAAUCAGGAAAAUAAGGUGGAUGAGAAAGUAAUUCAAGGCCCAAGUCAUUAAUAUUUGACAUUUUUAUAACGCUCUUGUGAGCCUGUUGCAUUGUCUUAAAGAAACCACACUUUUUUCUUCUACAUAAGAAAUUGUUUCUCACUGAGUUCCUGCUUAAAUUUGUCUAAUAAUGCACAGUUAUAUCAGCUGUUCAUAGUUCUACCUUUUUCAAGAAUGUCUAUUUAAUUAUGCCUUUGUGUGCCAGUGCGUUUAUUCUAUUCUCCAUUGUAAAGUGAAGGAUCUAGGUUUCAUCAACAGUUACCAAUCGACACCAAAAAUCCGACAGAGAUUGAGCUUAUAAAAUUCACAUACUUCUGAGAGGUGAUCACACGAUCAUGUUUUGAUCCAUAGUAAGCAAAUAAGACACCCAGGAUAUUUUUUUCAUUUAAAACUACAGAAAUUAUUUCAUGUCACAAAAAUUCCAGAAAUAGCUACAUAAUUUACAAAAACUACCUAGACAGUCUUCUAGAGUGAUUAAAAAUAAAGAAUUAAAGUAAAACAGAGCAAAUCAGCACACAAGACAUUCACAAUUCACACCGAAACAUGUCCUUCAAUCGUAAUAAACAAUAUACUGGUACCACAAACCGAAACAGUAAAAUAUCUAAGACUGUACCUACUUGGAGAAAUAACGUACAUGGAAAUACCACAUCUCAGAACAGAGUAAACAGAUAUAAAGACAAGGAAAAUUCAGUGGUCGAUAAGACGAAAAUCACGUGUAUUUGAGGUGUAAAAUUGUGAUCUAUAAAACAGUAAUUAGCCUCAUAUCUAUAAAUCCCAUAGGUCUAUAACUGUGGGGAUGUACCUCGAAAUCUAACAUUGCAAUUGUGCAAAGAUGCCAAUUCAAGAUACUACCAAAGAAUAUACGUCGAUAUUCUUUGAUACUACUAUGGAUUGUAGAUGUACCCUGGUAUGCAACCAACCAAACACUGGAUACAUGUACUGUCCGUACAUGUAGAGACCUCCAUGUACGGGCAGUAUAAAAAGCAAUCCAAAAGAGGCAUUAAACUAGUUUAAACCAUCCGGUAAACCUAAAUUAUCUAACUAUAUAGCUAAGUUAAGUUAUAACAGGUGAUAUAAAUGAAAGUCUACAGCUCUUUAACUCAUAUAAAUGCACCUUUCUGACUGCUAAAUAAAGAAAAAUAAAAAAAACUUAUUCAAAACUUAGUUUAAAAUACUAUGACUAGUGCGCUUUGUGUGGUAAAUUCUUGUGGCCUUUGCCAAUUUUCGCAACUUGACUUUACGAUCAGCUAAAACCAUUUCAUGAUAACCUUCUUCACAUUUUCCAAUAUAUGUAAUUGCAUCUGAGGGCCGUCCAGUUCAUCCAAUGUAAAUAUACUGUCGCUACGAAAUUCACGAAACUAAAAUUUACCAGUGUACCCUAGGGGAGUAUUAGUCCCAUAAUAUUUAUACAAUUGUCCUUUUGUUUCUUUUGCCUUUUUAUUUCCUAACGAACAAUGUUUAGUGAGAUAUAGAAAUUCGUUCUUUUUUUGUUUCAUAUGCCUCAUUUUUCCAAACACGUCAACUUUAUGCAGCUGUCAAAAAUAUACUAAUGGCUCUAACGCGCUAAAAUUAAUUGCCAAUACACAAAAAGUAUAAAUAUUGUGAAAACAUAAGAGAACGGUAAUCAAUGAAUACAAAAAUAAAUAAACUAUUAUCGAAGAGGAUAUAGAGAUCUAGAAGUGAAACAAUAUGUAAGGCAGGGCUAGUGGAUCUACAGUUUACAAUUUGUGUUGCCAAAGGCAUGCACCCAACCUAAUCCGAUAAUGAAACAAUUCCGUUUACAAUAGAUAGGACAUGUAGUCCAGGUACUACCAUCCAACAUGAUAAAACUAAUCACAACUAUUCAACUAGUGACGCAAGAUAAGGGAAAUGGCGAUAUUAAUCAGAAAAGGAUACUACAGGAAGCUUGGGAAGGUCAAGUCUUUUGAAGGUGCAUCAGUACAGAUGCAGUGCUAACUUAGAUAAGAAAAAGAAAAUGAACAAAUUAUUAAAAUUAUGUAAAUUCUAUGCGAUAGGACAACACUGCUUUUACAUGUAUCGUUUGAUCACCUGCUAGCAGUAGUGUAGUGAAUGAUUCUUUCAAAGAUGAGAGCGUAUUUUAUUGUUCGAAACUGAACGAUAAAACUCACCCAAAUUAAAACCGGCACGAAUAAAUCGGUGAAUUAAGUGAAAUCUUGUUCAGGAAACCCUUAAGGAGGUAAUGUAGCAGUGUUUCUGAUAUAAAAGAUAUCCUUGUUUGUCCCAUUUGGAAGUAUGUUAUUGAAUACAUGCCAAAUCUUAUAUGUUAAGUUCCUACGCUAUACGUUGAUAACAACAUAAGUAUAACAAACAUAUGAAAAAAGUGUGAAAAUUUUCGUUCACACAGUAUUUCCAAUUAAAAAGCACUAAAAUUAUUGCUAAUUAUAUAAAUUAUGAAAAUGAAAAUAAAGUAUGAAAGUACUUUUUUUUAGGAUACUUUUAGAAACUGUUGGAAUAAGCAUCAAAUCUGCAGAAGUAACCUGUUUUUUAGGGUUUUUUUCUUCUGGUACAUUCUUAUAAAAUUGCUUUUUCUCUACUCAUUCUCCUUCUAUUAUUUCGUCAUUAACCGUUUCCUCUUUAACUGCUUCUUCAUUAACUGUUUGUUCUUCUACACUUUCUUCAACUGUUUCUUGCAUUUCUGUGACAAAAUUCCAUUUUUCGAAUACGUUUCUGUUGGGGGAAACAUAACAGUUUCCUUAAACCCAUUAAUUGUUGUAUCAAUGGUUACUGCUUUUAUAUAAGCGUUUCCAAAAAGUUCCCCUACUUGAUAACUUGUUCUGAACUUGUCCGGACAACACGUCCUGAAUUAAGCCUAAGCCAGUUUGUGAUCUACUGCGUAUUAUAAGUUUUGAACGAAGACAUAAAUGUCAUGUCUAAUGACUGCGUUUUAUGUGUCGAAUGCAGUGAAUACAAAACUUUAAAACUCAAGUUUCAGUAACAAAACUCCUUAAGCACCCAAAAUGCAGCACGACCAAAAAACUUUCUUUACCACAAUCUCAAACGUCAAAUAAGAGAAUACGUUUGCGCAAAAAGAGAGAAUGGUUACCUCCUGGCAAAGUGGUGGUUAGUAAGCAAUGCGUAGGAUAGAUGUCGGAAUCGUACUUGCGUGAAAGCGAUCUACCCAAUAAUAUUAGGAACUAUCCCCAUAUUAGGCGACUUUCCUCUAUAUACUAGUUUCAUGUGUUGUCAUUACCAACACAGAUUUCGUUUUAUUUAGAUGACUUUCUCAUUUCUGAAGAUUUUAGAAUAUUAAGGCAAAUUAUUUCUAAUAUUUGUUAAAUCUUUACCUGCAUUAUAAGACAUAGAAGGCUAUGUAUUCCGCUAGGCUAUUUUGUAUUAUUUCGAUAUCUUCAGCAUUCUUUGGAUUACCUACAUUUCUGAGUCCAGUCUUCUCAUAGUGAUUACUUCUAGUAUCCAUGUUUCGUCUACCUACAGUUUGUAGUGAGCAAUAUUCUCAUUCACUAAGUAUUUUUAUUCGUUUUCCUGGUACAUUUAGAAACACUAAUAUGUUAGUAAUAAUAAAUAUUUUACUAUCUUUUUAAUAAACUAUAGUAAUAGGUUAUAACUGUGUAUAAAAAAAUAUCAAGUAAGAAAAAAUCAUUACUUUGCCAUUCAAUAAAACAUCUAAAAAUUAUGAAAAAAUAUUUGUUCUUGAAUUAUCGGUCUCUUUAUCUCUAUUUAUAAAUACACAUUUUUUGUUUGGGUAAUUUUAAGACUUGUAAAUAAAGAAAUAAAUGUAUACCUACCAUAUUUUAUUAUACUUUGUUAAUUUGUUAUCUAUAAAAUAUAACUUAAAUAAAUAAUAAAA